AUGGAUAACCCCGAGCAGCGCGAGGCAAAGGCGGAGGAUCAGGCAGCACAGCCACACGAGUCGUACUAUCAGCAGCAACAGCAUUAUGGCCAUGACGCUCACUCGUACGAUCACCAACAGUACCACCAACACUACCAGCAGCAGCAGGCGCAAGCGGCGCAGGCGCACUACUACGGGUACGACCCGAGUCACGCGCAGCAUCACGCGCCCCCCCAUUACCCGCACCACCAACCCCCUCACCACCCUUACGCUUAUCCUCCCCAACCCUACCCUCCCUCCGUUUACAACCAACCAAAUCCCUACCAGCCACCUCCCCAGCCCGCCUAUCCACCCGCUCAGGACUCCGCCUUCCCCGCAAAUUCCCCGCUUGCCGCCUUCUUCGAUCCGCGCGAGCCUCCGCCAGCCGCGGUGGCGGCCCCGGCGAGCGAGGAGGUGCGCGGGCGCGUGGAAAAGGCCGUCGAGUACGCCGCGAAGAACGGGCCGCAGUUCGAGGCGCUCAUGCGCGACAAGCAGCGCGGCCAACCCGCGUACGCCUUCCUCGAGGCGGGCGGGGAGGGCGCGGACUACUAUCGCUUCCGCCUCUGGUGCGCGCUCUCUGGGUCGGGGGGCGCGGAUGCGGUGGCUUGGACGGAGGGGAAGAGUGCAGCUGAUGGGCAGGCGGAGCAAGCCGUGGGGAAGCAGGGGGAGGCGGACGGGGAGCACGGCAGCGCGGAAGUGAAGGUAGAGGGGGAGCAGGAGGGGGAGAAACAAGCAGUAGGGGGCGCGCCGGGCGCGCAGCAGGCGCAGACCGGCUCUGAGGCCCCUCCUGCGGUCCCUCUCCCCUCCGAUUCCACCCCUCCCCUUCCCCCGGAGCCCCCGCUCCCCCCCAUGCCCCCACCCCCCGCGGACCCUGCUGACGUGGCGCUGCAGGCGGCGGUGGCGGCGGCGGGGCUGCCGGCGGACGUGGGGGGCGAGGCGGUGGCGCUGCUGGCGGGGCUGAGCGGCACCAAGGAGGCCAUCAAGGGCGGCAAGGCGUGGGUGGCGUGGCGCGCGGGCAUGGGGUGGGCGCCGCACAUCGCGUGGGUGCUGCGGGAGCGCAUGGCGGCCCUGGCAGGGAAGCCGGAGCGGCAGCUGCAUGUGAUCUACCUCGUCAACGACGUGCUCUUCAACAGGUGUGUGGUCAACGACGUGCUCUUCAACAGGUGUGUGGUCAACGACGUGCUCUUCAACAGGUGUGUGGUCAACGACGUGCUCUUCAACAGGUGUGUGGUCAACGACGUGCUCUUCAACAGUCUACAGCAGAGGCCACAGCCGGGGGCGGUGGACGCGGUGGCGGCGGCGCUGCAGCCGUGUUUGGGCUUCAUGCUGGCGGCGCUGUUCCACGGGGGGGGUGACGCGCAGAGCAGCAACCAGGAGCGGCUGGGGAAGAUCCUGGCGUUCUGGGCCAGCAAGGAGGUGUACCCCGGGGAGGCCAUGGCGCACCUGGGCGCGCUCAUGCGCCUGCCGCCCCACCAGCACCCCCCCAUGCCGCCCCCGCCACCUGUGCCUGCUAUGGACUACCACGCUGCAGCCGCACAGCCGUAUGCCCAUGGCAUGCACCCCCACGCCCCUCCCCCGCCCACAUGGCCCCCUCUUCCACCUCACAUGCCGCCCAUGCCUCACGAUGCAGCAGCCCCUGCCUCUGCACCCGUGCCCGUCACCCCCCCUUCCUUCCCUCCGCCCCCUGCCCCCGCCACUCAACCCCCACACCAACCCUCGCCCGCGCCAGUCCCCAGCGCCCCCCCUGAGCCGCAGCCCCCCGCCUCAGACGCGCCGCCUGCAGCCCCCGCGCCCACGCCUGCAGAGAAGGCGCCGUACCCGCUGUUCCCGCCGGGGCUGAUCCCGGGCAUGGUGCGCAAGAAGCAGGUGGGGUCGGGCGUGCCGUACGCGCCCAUGGCGCCGCACGACAUCCCCUCCACCAUCCCCCCGCCCCACGAGUCCGAGGAGUACCUGCGGCGCCGCAUCGCACGCUUCUUCAAGGCCAUUGGGGAGACGGACCCCCUGGCGGAGGGGGAUGAGGACGAGGAGGAGGAUGCGGAGGAGGCGGAUGGCGGCCGGGGGAUUCUUGGGGCGGGCAUUGGGAAGAGAGGGCACGGGCAUGGAGGGCAUGGGGUGGGUGGCGGGGGGAAAAGGGGCCCAGGGGCGAAGCCACGCGCCAUGUCACCGCCACCAGCGAUUGGCAUGGAGGGGGGCGGGCUGGGACUGGGCAUGGGCGGGGGAGGGCUGGGACUGGGCAUGGGGGGAGCGGGGAUUGGAGUGGGCAUGGAGGUGGAUCCGGAGACUGGCAUGUUGCCGGACGGCAGUGUGGUGCAGAAGCCUGGCAUGGGCGGCGCGAGGCUGGGACUGGGUGCCGCCGUGGAGGCCGAUGCUCCGUCGCAGUAUGCCGACGUGUAUUCGAGUUUCCGCCGCAUGCUCAGCUCGUCCUACCACACCUCCAUUAGUGAGCGGGCUGCUAGGAAAUACGAGAGAUAG